UUUCAAUGAACUAUCAUUAUUAAUUUUUUCAAAUUGUAGAGAGACCUCUUGUAUACGGGGUGUGAAAAAUGGGCCAAUACCAAGCAAAAAUUCAGGAAUUGAGUCAAGAGGUGAUAUACGCACUAUGCUCGAUCGAGUUCGUUCACAUGGAUAUAACGUUGAAGAACAUUCAGCUGUAACGGAGGAUGGAUACAUAUUGGGAAUGUUCCGCAUGUCUAAAGGACAUAAUUCACCCGGAAUAAGAGUUCCGGUACUUUUAAUGCAUUCACUUUUAGAGUCAUCGAAUCAAUGGACUGUUUUGGGAGAGAAUUCUUUAGCUUAUCUCCUUGCUGAUGCUGGCUAUGACGUUUGGCUGGGCAAUGCUAGGGGUACACAGGCAUCGCGGAAACAUGUAUAUUGGUCUGAACAUGAAACAUUUCCUGAUCCGCUAGGGUUAGAAAUGAAGUUCUGGCAAUAUUCGUGGCAUGAAAUUGCUAUUUUUGAUUUGCCAGAAUUAAUUGAUCUUAUUUUGGGUUGGACGAAUUCCAAAAAAUUGCAUUACGUAGGCUUCUCACAAGGUACAACAGCAUUGCUGGUGCUAACAUCCAUGCGCCCUGAAUACAAUUCCAAAAUUAUCCAAGCUCAUUUGUUGGCACCAGUAGCCUACAUGGCACAUGUUAAACAUGCCCUUCUCACAUUCCUGGGCAACGCACAAAAUGAGAAAAAGUUGAAAAAACAUUUAGAUAACCUUUCACUUUACAAACUAACUUUAGAAAAUAUGGGACUUGUGGAAAUAGUUAAAACGUUAUGUCAAAUAUGGCACAAUGCUCCACUAGAAAAAUGUGAUAUUGUACAUUCACAAUUGGAAUCAACUCAAUUGAAUGAGACAAGUAUACCACUUAUUGUGGAGCAUGCACCUGGUGGAAUUUCAACGCAACAACUUUUUCACUAUGGUCAACUUGUGCUUAAUAAACGUUUCCAACCUUAUGACUAUAGGGAUGACUGGAUGAAUACACAAAUAUACGGAAGUAGCCCUCCUCCCGAGUAUGAUUUAACACGUAUCACAGUGCCGAUCAAUCUUUUUUCCUCUCACGCGGACGAUAAAACACCAGUUGAAGAUGUGAAUAAACUUCGAUCUGAACUACGAAAUGUGAAAUUAGAUCAUAUUGUCACGGUUCCUCAUUUCGGACAUACUGAUUUUGUCUAUAGUCGUAACGCGCGCACCGCAGUAUACGAUAAACUGAUAAGUGUCAUGAAUGACGCCAACAAACAUUAUUAACCGACAAAUUUUACCAAUUUUCGGAUAUUUUAAUCUUGAUCCAAUUGAGAAAUUCACCAUAUUAAAUAGAUCAUGCUUUAUAGCCAUAGCAUUGUCAUAUACGAAAGUUGAAAUAAAACAAUAAAUUAAAUUAACAUCCA